AUGGGGCUGAAAGAUGAAUUACUAUUCUUCCUAUUUGUACCGAAUCGGCCGGGUUUUUUGCUCACUGCGACAGCGCUCGUCAUUUUGGAGAUCGUUGUAACAUACGGGAUUAUUCAGAAAAUACCAUAUACCGAAAUCGACUGGUCAACUUAUAUGCAACAGGUUGAGUGUUACGUCAACAAGAACGAGAUGAACUAUUCGCGUAUCGAAGGGGACACUGGGCCUAUCGUUUAUCCCGGCGGCCAUUUGAUAGUAUAUCGAAUAUUUUAUGCGCUGACGAAUAAGGGGCAAGAUAUCAGAGUCGGCCAGUACAUUUUCAUGAUACUUUAUUUAAUAAAUCUCAUCAGCGUCUUUCGGCUGUAUUCGAAGACACGAUUGAUGCCACCAUUCGUCUUGUUUCUGCUGACCUGCACCGGCUAUCGGAUUCAUUCGCUCUUCGUCCUGAGAUUGUUCAACGACACCGUCGCCAUGACGUUCCUCUAUCUGGCGCUGAACUUCUUCGUCUCCCAAAAAUGGCUGGCUGGCUCGCUCUUAUUUAGUGCCGCCUUCUCGAUCAAGAUGAACAUCUUCUUGUUUGCCCCGGCCUUGGGCUGUAUAUUGUUGCUGAACACCGGCUUGGCGUGGACGGUGCUUUGUGGAUUGGCGGCUGGGCUAUUACAGCUCUACGUGGCCUUCCCUUUUAUUCUCUACGACCCAAUCUCGUACAUCCGUAGAUCGUUCGACCUUGGUCGCGUCUUCAUGUUCAAGUGGACCGUUAAUUGGCGGUUUUUGCCUGAAGAACUCUUCCUCGACAAUAGAUUCCAUUUGGCUCUCUUUCUAACGAUGGUCCUUUUGUGGGCUGUUUUCGGAUUUCACAUGUGGUUCCGGUCUAUGGGAGGGCUUCGCGUUUCUUUCUUGACCCUGUUCCGGGGAAUUCGGAGCAGGACCGGCCCAGGAGAUACGUUGUUUGCCCUUUUCACUGCGAACCUGAUUGGCAUCGCAUGUGCUCGCUCCUUGCACUAUCAGUUCUACUCUUGGUAUUAUCACCAACUGCCACUGCUACUCUUUUUCAACUACCCUCUGCCAACCUCGGAUGAUGAGAAAUUUCCAAUUCCCUGGAAAUCGAUAAUUGCCAAAACCUGCGUGCUGCUCGCUGUCGAGGUCUGUUGGUGCACCUAUCCCUCAACGAACAUAUCCUCGUUAGCGCUUCACGUCAUCCAUUUUGGGAUCCUCUUCUACCUUGUCAGGACACGCGAAUCGCACAAACGAAAACACUACAAGCUUUAC